AUGGGGCUGAACGUGGAAGAAGAGGUCGCGCAGCUUCGCGAGGAAAUCAGGCGACUUGGGAGCGAGGGACCUGACGGGAAGAUCGCGGUGAAGUUCGGAGUCUUAUUCGCAGACGAUCGCUGCGCAAACAUAUUCGAGGCGCUGGUGGGUACUCUUCGUGCAGCGAAGAAGCGAAAAGUAAUCCACUUUGAGGGAGAGAUGCUACUUCAGGGAGUUCACGACGACGUCGACGUUGUUUUAUUGGAGUGA